ACCCUCCGUUGAACUUUCAAAGGUUGAGGAUAAAGAUUUUGGGGUCGGAGCAGUAAAAACACGCCGGAGCUAGGGACGGAGAGAGAGCCCUCUAUUCAUUCCAGAAUUUUGAAUGACAGAGCCGCAGUCUGCAUAAAAAAUUGAAGAUGAAAUUAUUUGUAAAUACAAAAAAGCCCUCAUGAAAAACUGAGUGAAGGAUAUAUUUGUAAAAUAAGCAAGAGGAUGGAGGUUUUAUUGUAGUAGAAAUACUGUGUGUGCUUCCUCUUUACUUCUCUCUCUCUCUCUCUAACAUUUCCGAACCAGAAUGUUGGAAUCCGAGAAGAACCCAUUGCAGGGUGUACUCAAAUGUAUGGACAAAAUUUCCUCUUUCAUCCAAAUUCACCUCUCAAAUUUCAUGCUUCCAUCACCCAAACCACCUCUUUUCUCUCUCUCUCACUCUUCCAAACAAAAUCCUUGGAGCACUCACUCUCUCCCUUCCAUACCCCUCAAAAACACCAAGGAAAAAUCAGGUGGACCGGUUUCGAAAGAAGAGCUUGGAAGAGCAACAUGGACAUUUCUUCACACUCUUGCUGCCAGGUAUCCAGAUAAUCCAACAAGGCAGCAGAAGAAAGAUGUUAAAGAAUUGAUGGCGAUACUAACUCGAAUGUACCCUUGCAAAGACUGCGCAGAUCACUUCAAAAAGGUUUUGAGUGAAAACCCUGUACAAGCUGGAUCUCACACCGAGUUCUCUAUGUGGCUUUGUCAAGUGCAUAAUGUUGUUAACAGAAGUCUUGACAAACCAAUAUUCCCAUGUGAGCGGGUCGAGGCUAGGUGGGGAAAGUCAGAAUGCCCGGAGCGCGAAUGUGAUGUACUAGGUAGUACAAUGGAUUUUUCGGAUACCCGACUCUAAUUUUAGAAUGACUGAAAUUAUUGUUGGGACUGUCCAUGGCACUAUUAUUUUGUAAAUUACUAUAUAUAUAGACAUUUCAUUGAAGUGGUA